AUGAAGCAUUAUAUCGGCCAAUGUUAUGCUUGGGACGUGGUCAACGAAGCGGCGUCUGACGAUGGAGGCUGGCGAGACUCUGUCUUCUACAGAACCUUCGGCACGGAUUUCCUCCCUAUCUCGUUCAAGGCUGCGAAGGCUGCUGACGCCAACACAAAGCUAUACUACAAUGAUUAUAACUUGGAAUACAAUGGCGCAAAGACAGAUCGUGCCGUGCAGAUCGUUCAGAUCAUUCAGAACGCUGGUGCCCCCAUCGAUGGUGUUGGUUUCCAGGGGCACUUGAUUGUGGGCUCAACCCCUGGCCGAAGCUCGUUGGCUACGGCUCUCCGACGGUUUACGGCACUGGGCGUCGAAGUUGCCUACACAGAAGUCGACAUCCGUCACUCUUCUCUGCCGGCAUCCUCGUCGGCACUUGUCACACAGGGCAAUGACUAUGCCAAUGUCGUGGGGUCCUGCCUGGAUGUUGCUGGGUGUGUGGGCAUCACCGUCUGGGGCUUUACCGACAAAUAUUCUUGGGUGCCUGACACCUUUAGCGGUGCCGGCGACGCCUUGAUCUACGACAAAAACUUCAGCAAGAAGCCCGCCUGGACCUCAGGCCAGUACCACGUUGGUCACGUCGACCACUACGCCUCCAACUACAACGACGACAACAUCGACCCGGGCAUCUACUACGUCUACGGCAUCUGGCGCACAGCAGACACACUGGGGCCAGUGUGGAGGAAGUGGCUGGGCUGGGCCUACGUCUUGCCAAAGUCCUUGGACGUGCCAAAAGCAAAAUGA